GGUAAUGAACCGUAACGUUGGAUGCCAACCACUGAUAAAACCACCGAAGAAGAUACCAAAGCGAAGAAGGCAUGCUACACGCCCCAACGUGGUUCACAGCUCAGUCAGAUUUAUUUUGAAUGAAACAUUAACAAAUAUUUUUUGUUUGUUACUAUAACGAACUGUAAACUUUGACUGCGUCAAUAAUGGACAGCAUAAAAGACGGAUGGUUCACAGAAACGUGUACGUUAUGGCCUGGACAAGCGAUGAGUCUGCAAGUAGAAGAGGUUCUUUACCAACAAAAAUCUAAAUUUCAAGAUGUCAUGGUUUUCAGGAGCAAAACCUAUGGAAAUGUACUUGUGCUGGAUGGAGUUAUUCAAUGCACAGAGAGAGAUGAGUUUUCCUACCAAGAAAUGAUAGCCAACCUACCUCUGUGCUCCCACCCUUGCCCCAAAAAGGUCCUGAUUAUUGGUGGAGGAGAUGGUGGCGUCCUGAGAGAAGUGGUAAAGCAUCCACUUGUUGAAUCAGUGGUUCAGUGUGAAAUCGAUGAGGAUGUAAUCAAUGUGUCGAAGAAAUACCUCCCAGGUAUGGCGCAAGGGUUCUUCAGUCCCAAACUCACUCUGAAUGUUGGGGAUGGAUUUGAGUUCAUGAAACAGAACCAGGAUGCCUUUGACAUCAUUAUAACAGAUUCAUCUGACCCUGUUGGGCCUGCUGAGAGUUUGUUCAAAGAGUCUUAUUAUGAACUAAUGAAGACAGCCUUACGAGAUGGUGGAAUUCUUUGUUGCCAAGGAGAGUGUCAAUGGCUCCACUUGGAGCUGAUUAAAGAGAUGCGGACCUUCUGCAAGACACUGUUCCCAGUGGUAGAUUAUGCCUACUGCACCAUUCCCACCUACCCAAGUGGUCAGAUUGGCUUUAUGCUGUGCAGUAAAAAUGCUCAAACCACUUUCAGAGAUCCCGUGAGAGAACUAUCAACAAAUGAGGUGGAAAGUAUGAACCUGAGGUAUUACAACCCGGAGAUCCACAGAGCAUCAUUCAUCCUCCCUGAGUUUGCAAGAAAGGUACUGAGUGAAGCAUGAAUGGCAUGAUGAACAAAAUCUUAAUCCUUGACCUGAUUCUCUCUGGCAACAGAAGCAACACAAGAGCUGCUACGCCUCUUUUCUCAGUCUCCACCAGGAAGGAAAGACCUUCAGUGGGCAAUUCUGUUCCUUUCAGAGAGUAUUAAUUCCUUCCAGUGCUUCCUUCCAGUCUUACAAACUAUUUGUAUUUAUUUGUUCUGGAAUUUUUGUCAUGUCUUGAUUCUUAAAUGGUAAUCACUUAUGUCAACAUCUAGUGAGGUGGGAUGGAAAACAUUCAUACCCUACUCUUUGGAGCAAUGUGAUUCUAACACAUUAUUAGUAUGGAUUUAAUCAUAGUACUUGGUUGUAUAAAUACCAGAUUACCUCUUAAGAUUAAGGUACACUCAAUUGCAAAACAUGCCCACUCUGGUUUAAAGAAAACCAAUACAAACGUAUUCCUCUUCGCACCUCUCCGUCAACUCAUUCACCCAAAUAAUUCAAGAUGAUCCAAUAGUGCCUGGAUUGUGUUUUUCCAUUACAGUAGGAAACAUUUGUUGAAGUGGUUUCUAUCAUAGUUUACCUCCAGGCAGACGAAUGGUAUGAUUUUAUAUUGGUUGAAAAUGUAUUAUCUGCCACAAUGGAAAAGCUCAGGUCAGAAGUUGAGUUGAACAUUACCACUUUAAAAUGUCAACAGAAGUGUUGAUUGUUUCCUAUAUAACACUUGUUUAGAUAUAGUUUAUUCACCAAUGGAGCUGAAGUUACAUGUGUAAGUUGAUUGAAUGCUGAUGAUGUACUGCACAUCAAUUUAGUUGGUUUCUUAUCCUUUGCUAUUCAAUCCCUAUAUUUGGUACUAUAUGGUUGUUGAUCUAGUAUGGAAUAAUCCAGAAUACUGAUGUCAAAAUUAUGCCUUUUGGUUUUUAUUUCUUGGGGACCUGAUUUGUUAUGAACUUAGGUGUGAAAUAUUGAAAACUAUAGAUCUCCAUGGAGUACGUAUCAGUAGUGCAUCCAUACUAAACCUAUGUCCAAGGCAAUGGUGUUACACAUGAACAUUAAGCUCAUGUUUUUUAUAAGAAUGAUGAAAUAUAAUAAAUCUGAGGUAAACUGGA